GAUAGUAAAGUAGACCUUGGGUUGACGUCUGACUAUACGAGUGAUUAAAAUAGAAACACUGGGUUAUAGUCCGGAUCGAAAUAGGAACCGCUUUUAUAUAUCUAUACAUAUUUGCCUAUUUUACUCUACUGUUAGACACCCUGUGAUCAAUCUAAGGUGAACCCAGAACGAACUCGUCACAGAUUUCUCAAUCGUUAUCGCACUUGCACAGAUUCUUCUAUUCUUGGAUUUACCCUUUCCCUUUGCCAGAUAAAGGUUGGAUGAGUGCAUGAACUUUCAAGAUAGCAUAAUGGGUCGGCGGCAAAAAGCUGCAAAAUUGAUGAGAGGGAAGGAUCUACUUACUGAACUACCAGAUGAGAUUCUUUCCACAAUCAUUUCAAUGCUGACGUUGAAAGAGGCUGUAAGGACUAGUGUGUUGUCAAAAAAGUGGAAAUCCAUUUGGACUUGUCACUCUGACUUGUGCUUUGAUUCAAUCACCCUACUCGGGGACAAGGUUCACUUCAAUAACAUAGCUAACUGUAAAGUGGAAUCGAAUAGACAACCACACAGGUGCAAGUUUGUAGAACAGGUAGAUCAGAUUAUGCAUCAACGGUGCAAGAGCAGAAAGAUAGAUUCUUUUACUAUUCAAUUUCAUUUGGGCAAGGAAUCUGCUUCUCACAUCAAUCAGUGGAUUGAUUGCGCAAUUAAGGAAGGGGUUGAAAAUAUGGAUGUUAAUUUAUCUGAGUGCUGUAGCUUUAAAGUGGAUCCCGACUAUUCUUCUACAUAUGAAGGAUAUAAAUUCCCUUUCUGGCUUCUUGCUGCCCCAGGCAAAAAAUCCACUAUAAAGCAUCUUCGGUUGGUGUCAUGCAAUCUCAGUGCUCCUCCAAGUUCCAAAUGUCUCUCCUCCCUGAUCACCCUUGGACUGCAAAAUGUAACUAUCAGUGAUCAACAACUUGAGAAUAUCUUAUCUAGUUGUUUGUUUCUUGAAGGGCUAAGUUUGCAUCAGUGCAGAAGAUUAGUCAAUGUGGGAUUUGUUGGCCCGAACCACUUUCUGAAAUUUCUUAGUAUAAAAAACUGUAUCAGAUUGAAGAAUAUCGAAAUUUAUGCCAAGAAUCUUGUCACUUUUGAAUACACCGGUCACUUAAUUAGCUUCUCCUUCAAAAAUGUCCCAAGGCUGGCUGAAGCUUUUUUGAGUUUCACUGGAGAGAGCAGGCAGGAUGGUGUAAGUUAUUCGCUCACAAGAUUUGCCAGCGACCUACCUCAAUUGGAGACUCUAAAUUUACACUCUGUACUGGCUAUGAAAACACUACCUCUGCCAGAAGAUGUACCUACUACAUUCACCAAUAUCAAGCAGUUGGUGUUGAGUGUUUAUCCAUUCGAUGACGAAGACAAACUUUGUUGGAUUAGUUACAUCCUGAAGGCCUUCCCUUUGUUACAAAAGCUACAAUUAAAUUUGUUUUGCCCAAACUUCAUCAAACAACCGAAAGAGAUAGAAAGGGUCCUUCCUGAGUGCAAGCAUAAGCAUGUCACUGAAGUCGAGAUAAAUGGGUUUUACGGCAACCAGCAUGAAGCUGAACUGUUGAAGUAUCUGGUUGACAACCUAGUUGAACUCAAAGACCUAGUGGUUAGUCUGCGCCAGAAGGUAUACAACGGAUUCAACAACUGGGUUUAUGAAGAAGCAAGCUCAUGGUACAAAUCGAGAAUGGAGAGCGUGGGUACAUGGCUUGAUGAAGUAGUUCCCCAGUCUGUCCAUCUCAUAAUUGGGUGACAUUGUUCUCUUAGUAAGCAGAUGCUGGGAAUUUAAAAAUGAGUAUGCUUUUGAAGACUGGCUAGUAAUGUUUUUGCUACUGAGAAGAACAGAACAUUUUUGUUUGUAUCAUAUGUAUUAGAAUGUAUUUCUUAGUUUUCCUUGUUUAUUGUGUAUUCCACUUUGAUGUCA